UGCCCCUCUCCAAGAUGGCGGCGGCAACCUCGGCCUGUUCCCCCCGCUCCUUCCUGCGCAGGCUCCGCAGACCCCCCUCUAAGAUGGCGAUUAUGUCAUAACCACAAAAUAAACGAGCAGUGAUGGAAUCACUGGACACCGAGGUGAGAGCACGGAAGACUCUGGGGACUGUUGAAUAUGUAGAGUCUUCAGGUUUCACCCAGGGAAUACUGCCAACCAAGAAGGAUGUGGUUCAGAAUAUGCUGUAUUUAUUGCAGCCCAAAAGAGCUGGCCAGGCCCAGCGGUCCAAAGAGGAUGCGGCCCAGUUGCUCGCUGAGCACCUGCAAGAGCACUGGUUGGUUUGCAACUUGCACACCAUCGCCACGCAAAAUAUAAAGAAACUAAUCCUCAAAAUGUACGAGGAGUUUACCAGAUUGUAUCAGACCAGAAAGCAGAGACAGAACCAGGCUUUUACCGAGCGAGCAGACAAAUUCAAUGAGAGUUCAGAGAAGCUCUUUGACGUAUUUUGUACAGACACGCAGACGAGAAAUAAACUGGAGGAAUACAGUGGAAUAAAAAUGACUAGCAUCGAGUGGAAAUUUCUUGAAGAUCAAAGAAGCGAAAGAAAAAUGUACUAUGAAGAUUUCACAGACAAGCAAGAACUGAAGAUGAUGGAAAGAAGACAAAAGAUACAAUGUCUGGAGCACUUCAGAAAACUCGCCAAGGAGGAGAAGGAAGGAAGCAAAGCGAAGGAAAUGAAAUAUAAAAGUGACGAGCAAUCAGACGAAGGCACGAGUGUGGAUGAAUCCUACCCUGCGGAGGAGGAGAACGGCGGGGCUCCGGCCUUUUCGCUGCGGGGCAGGAGGAAGCGCCGGUGCACCACGACUCCUGCGAGCGCUGCCAUGCCCCUGGAGUGCCAGCAUAUACGGAUGAGCAUCAGGAGAGUUAGGCCUGGGUUCUACGAGACUGUGGAGAAGGUCAAAAACUGCUAGCGCAUGCCGCGGUCGGCCGGCAGGGCUGCUGGAGUAUGAGGUGGCAAUGCACACGUUAGGCAAGUUUGAAAUCCCACCGUCAAUUGGAAGUGAUUGUUGUAGAUCCCCAAGCCAGAGCUCAGGAACAUCCUGCCUCCGGAGGAGAGCACUGGGACGACGACAACAGCGGCAAGGACUAAAACCUGUGAACUUGGAAGGCUAAGUAGUCAGCGGCUAAUGACGCGAAGGCUCAGACAUAGCAGAUGAUCUAAGGUUACGUAGCAUAUAAGCCUCUUCUUCCAAGGUCCUGUCUACAUCAGUGGGUUUUCGGAAGUCUCUCACCAUUUCUGAGCCAGUGGUGGCCUAACAGUGCGAAACAGGACUCGGAUUUACUGCAGGGAAAUAACUUGGACUUGUUGCUAACAGAAUAUGGGUGUGCUGCAAAGCCCUAACUCCUGCUGGUUUCGGUGGGAGUGAAAGGUGCUCGGCCCCUUUCAGCAGAAUUUGGCAUUUCUGCAAGGAAGGAAGCUGGUUUUCAGCUUGUAUUACCCAGUCCCGGGGAGGCGCCCUGCGGUUUUGUGAAGGGAUUGCUCUCUUGCUUGAGGAGGGGGAGAGAGAGAUCAGGAGACAUUUGAGUGCUUUGGCUGUAAAAGCAUUGUUGAUUCUGAAUGUUUUAUUCUAGAUUCUAUUUUAAUGACGUUUCCUUGAUCAGGAGAAACCUUACCAUAAUUGGAUGAGUUUUAACACGAAGUCCCUAAUCUAGGAUCUGAGGUGUGAAUCCUAAAUGAA